AUGAAAUCUAAUAAAUUUAGUUGGAGUUGCUUUAAAGUGGAAAAAUAAAGAUGUAAAUUCUUAAAUAAUAUGUAUAGCUCGAAGUUUAAAUGCAUCAUAAUAUUUUAUUUUCUAAGAAAUUCCAAAACAAAGAGUUUCAUAAGCAUCUAUUGUAAAAACAGAAGGUAGAGAGAUUUAAAGAAGAUUACUUUUUUAUCAUAAAACAGUGCUUAUAAAUAACUUGAUUAGAAACUCAAAUAAACAGCAAAGAAAUAAAAACUUCAAAGAAAAGAUGUUUGAAAUAGAUGAUUCUAGGUAAAGAAGGUUGAGUUGCUCUUGUAAUGAAUGUGGUAAAAGAUCAACAAAGAUGAAUAAAUUUCAUAAUGUAUAUUAAUAGUAAGAACAACCUUCAAAAGAAUUAUGGUCAAGUCUAAUUAUAUAAUAGCAAUAAUAAUCAUAACUUACUAUUUCAACAAAAUCAUUGAAAUCAACUGCUACAUUACUCUCAAUUCCAGAUAUUAGUCCUAAAAAACAAUAAUUAAAAAUAGAGAGUCCAUUAUCUAAGAAAUAUAAAUAAAACUAAAAAUUAAUAUCUCCUCCUCAAGUCAAUUUGAAACCUUAUAUUUAUGAAUCACCUUAGAAAAAAAUUAUUAAUCUCUAAACAGAAAAAACAUAAUUGAUUCUUAAACCCAUUUCUUUAAGAUAAUCAGCUCCAAAUCUUGAAAUUUUUGAUUAUUCUUCAAAAAACAACAGUCCUAAAAGAGGCAAAUCUAAUUAGAACUUUAAAUUAGAAUAAUAAGUAUAAACUGCUAGAAAUCUGACAAAAAGAAUGCUUUAGAUUUGCUAUCUAAAACCAUUCUCAUGUAUCUCAAGUCGAAAUACUUUUAUGAAUACAUAAAGAAAAGAAUAAAAAUAUUGA